AGUAUCACUGGAGCGGUGAGAACUGGGUGCUUCAUGUUGUACAUGCUCAGAACCAGUGGUUUUAAACAGUCUGUUUGUGAUCAGAGCUUCUACUAUGGGCCGAUAAGCAAGUUUUGGGCUUGUGCUUUUGUGCUGAGCAAGGCCCCAGAGCUAGGGGACACCAUGUUCAUCGUCUUGCGGAAGCAGCGGCUGAUCUUCCUGCACUGGUAUCAUCACAUUACUGUGCUGGUGUACUCCUGGUAUUCCUACAAAGACCAGGUCGCUGGUGGUGGCUGGUUCAUGACCAUGAAUUACACCGUGCACGCGCUCAUGUACAGCUACUACGCGGCUCGAGCUGCUGGACUCCGUGUGCCGAAACCCUGUGCCAUCAUCAUCACUUCCUCCCAGAUUGCUCAGAUGGCCAUGGGACUGGCAGUAAGUGCGCUAGUGUACCAAUGGAUGCAGGAUGGGGAUUGCCCUUCUUACAUAGAUAACAUAGUGUGGGCUUCACUCAUGUAUCUCAGCUAUCUGCUCCUCUUCUCUUUUUUCUUUUAUCAGUCUUAUGUGAAGGGUUUAAAACCCACAAGCAUCAAAACUGAGUGAUAUGCAGCCCUGAGGUUUGAAUAUGAGAUUUUAUUUCUGAUGGUUUACCUUGGUAAAAUACAUAUUUAUUUCAUGUUUUAAAGCAAGGUGAACAAUGAAGAUGUGUGUAUAUAUUUUCAAACAACAGCCAGACUGUAAAAGCUAUAUGAAAAGAACAAUAGAUUAGGGCAGUUAUUUGUAUAUUAUUUUCUAGAUGGUAUUAGCUGAGCAAAGCGCUUUAAAUACAACUCUUGAUUUUGCUGUUGAGAAUUUAAAUGAUUUUGAAGAACUUCCAGACAUUUUUGGAGGGUGAUUUGAAUCCUAUGGGUCCUCUAUGACCCCGCCCCCCCCCAGUCUUACAGGCCACAGUUUCUUAUCGUCAAAAGUCCAUGUUUACUCUUUGCAGACUUGAUAACAUGGCCUGAACCCAGCUGAAACAUAUGGUGUAUGUUGUAGCGAGAGCCAAGAUCCUUGUAAUCUGUGCUCGUAGUCAAAGAACAAGUGAGCAAUUUGUCUAAAAUUUCUAAAAUUCAUCCAUUCUGUACAUGCUCUUCUGGGUGUGUUUUUAUUGCUGCAUACUAGUUCAGUGUUUCCACCUCAUGAUGUCACAGAAACGUGAAUUAUCCGUGCUGGCUGGUUGGACAGGUUCUCAGACAUUUAAAUUGGCCAUUUUUGGCUGGAAUUCUCUAGAUUCACUGAAGUUACAUUAUAUAAAACCAGCUGAGGAACGAUUGAUAUUCUCUCAUUCACCUUUGAAUAACACAUGGGUAGAGUCGGAUUGAAAUGGUUCAUUCCUGGUUUUGUGGCUGUACUGGAUUGGUGCUUGAUAGAACAGUUAACCUUUACCUGUCCCUAUAUUGGUGCUACUUGAGUUGUUACUUGAAUCAUUAGUAAAAUGCACAGUUGUAUUUAUAUAUUUCUUGUAUAUGACACGGUCACAUUUGGGACAUAAUUAAUUUUUAUGGUUGUGGGGAUAUUUAUUUUUCCAUUGAAAUGACUAUGAUAAGGUUUCCAUCUUGAUCUUUUAAAAAAAAUUUGUAUUAGCCUAUGUGAUAGUAGAGAACAAUCCUUUGAGAAUAUUCAGUGGAA